UUUAUUGAUUGAUUGAAAAUGAAUGGGAGUCAAUGGGUUGCUAAUGGCGGGUGAUUGCUUGUUAGCCUCAGAAUCUCCCCAUAGGGGGUACACUUUCUGGAUGCUCGCUUACCCCCUUGGUGACAUCCAGCUCUGAUUCCCAUGAAGCAGUAAAAUCCUCCAAACAGCUCCAUGAGGCCAUCUAGUGGACUGAUAGAAGUAGAGCAGCUGGUGGCAGCUUCCUCUGCUCUGAUUCGUCCUCACCACUGACCAAUGAGAACCAGCAGCAUCUUCUCUGUCCAAUAACAAACCACUAUUGAUCCAUGUGUUGAUCAGGUCUCUGUGUUGAGUGAAUGAAAUGGGAUCAUGUGAUGAGAAAAGGCCUCAGUAGUUCCCAGAGUUCAUCAUGUUUUCUAACUGCUUCUUUAGUCUGAGCAACAGUCCAACGAGCCAAUAGGAUUCAACUGACACUGAUAUGACUCAGAGAGAAGCAGCCAAUCAGAGGACAGCUGCUGAUAUUUGGCUUUUCCAGGAGAAAUGAUGUGAGGGAUGAAUGAGUGAUGAUGUGCUGAUGAAUGAUUGGACUGCUGCUCUCAGUGUUUCCUCUCCAGAUGAAGGUGUGGACUCUGCUAUGAGUCAGUGUGAGGACAGAGAGGAGGGGGUCCAUCCCCCUAAACCCCCUCUGUGGGGGGACCAUGACAGCCAGACCAAAGCUCAGAGCCCAGAGACGCAGCACGGACCUGGACCCGGACCCAGACCCACACCUGGACCUGGACCUGGACCCAGACCUGGAUCUGGACCUGCACCUGCACCUGAUCCCAGACCCGAAUCCAGCUGCUUGUCCUUCAAGAGUGACCAUUCAAAGGGAUUUUUUGUCACUUUUAAACAUGAACAUGAAAAAAUCCCUCAGGGACCAGACUGUCCAGGACCUGGACCCAGCUGUGUGUCCAUGAAGAGUGACUGGUCUAUGAGUCAACCUUUAGACUUCAAAGAUGGACGCCACUCUGCUGCUCAAAGAGUGGACCAGGAGAGCUCAGAGGGUCCCAGUGGUCCGUCUGCCCAGCAGCAUCAAACCCACCUGGACUCCAUCUUUAUGCUGCUGGAGGACGACAUCGUCACUUUUGUGAAAAACGAGCUGAAGAAGAUCCAGAAGGUUCUGAGUCCAGAUUACCCAAAAAGCUUCGAGAGUCAGAGAAAGGAUGAGGAGGUGUUGGACGGUGAGGAUGAGGAGCAGAGGAAGAGCAGCAGAGAGGCAUUUCUGAAGAUCACACUGCACUUCCUGAGGAGAAUGAAGCAGGAGGAGCUGGCUGACCGUCUGCAGAGCAGAAGUUAUCAUGGAGUUUGUAAGCGUAAACUCAAAUCUAACCAGCAGAAGACGUUCCAGUGUAUGUUUGAGGGGAUUGCUAAAGCAGGAAACCCAACCGUUCUGUAUCAGAUGUUCACAGAGAUCUACCUCAUGGAGGGAGGGCUGCAGAGGUCAAUGAUGAACUGAGGUCAGACAGAUUGAAACAGCAUCCAGGAAACCAGACAGACCAGAAACA